AGGUGCUGCCUGGACUAAAGCAUGGGAUGAAAGUUGUGGGUGUUGCUAGCCGCGAUCGGAAAAAAGCCCAAGACUUUUGCAACGAGCAUGACUGUGGGGAGGGAAUGCUCUAUGAUGAGAUGCUCGACAGAGACGACAUCGAUGUGCUCUAUGUUCCUCUACCUACCGGGCUUCGAAAUGACAAGAUUGCAGCUGCAAUUGAAAAGGGAAAACACAUUUACUCAGAGAAGCCUAUGGGUGGUAGUAUCAAGGAGUUGGAUUCGCUGAUCAAAGCUUGCAAAAGCAAAGGUCUUCAGUGGAUGGAUGGCACCAUGUGGUAUCACUCUAUCAGGACCAAAGAAAUCGAGCAAAAGCUGCGAAAGAAGGUCCUUGGCGAAGUGCAACGAGUCUCAGCAUCCUUCACCUUCAAGGCUCCCGAUGAAGCAUGGCUUCAGGGAGGCAAUGGCCGUACCGACAAGUCCAGAGAACCAAUGGGUUGUUUGGGUGAUCAAGGUUGGUACCCUUUGUCUGCCAUUCUAUGGGCCUUUGGCUGGAUCCAACCCGAAAAAGUCAUGUGCAGCCAUGUGACCUUCAACAAAGUUGACACCAUUGUGGCCUGUUCAGGGACCUUGUGGUUCCCAGGAAAUCGCUCAGCUGUGUUCGAUUGCGGCUGCACCGCACCACAUCGCAGUCAGUACGAAAUCAUUUGCGAAACUGGAACAAUCAGAUGUGAUGAUUUGGUGGGCGGUCAGAAGAGAAGUGGCAACUUUGGCGCUUAUGAGACUCCCUUUGUGGGAAGCUCUGAGUAUGUGCAAGGUGAUGUGAUGGGUAAGGAUCAGGUCAUUACAGUGGAUCCCUGUGAUCACGUGAAUCUGCUGGUAGACGACCUCGCGACGUGCAUCAGAAAAAUCAAGUCAGGCGGUGAGCCUGAUGAUGAUUGGCCCACAAGGUAUGCCUGCAAUUUGAUAGCCCGGUUCACUUGCGCCAGGUGCAAUUUCUCUCCCACCAAAGCAAGAUUGCUACCAAGAUUGAACUUUUCACAGGGUUGGCUCCAGGGCUUUGUCACCUGGAGGCAAAUCUUUCAAAUGUUUGCUGCGGUUCAGUUCAAGCGGCUGGGCUACCUCUCGCUGGACAACAAUGAAAGGUCACAGUUUCAGGCGCGUGAGCUGAAAAGCGUCUACGUGGAUGUCGUGGCGCAGUUUCUGCGUAUUGUCUUUCACAAGUGCCAUGUGAACCGCUACAAUGCGCUCAAUCAAGUGGGGCUCAUUGCCUUGAGCUGCUUGGGAGAGGUUUUAAACACCUCAGAUUCCGACAAGGAUUCGGCGGUUCCGCUUCCGGCGGUUCCUGCGCCCACGCCGACUGCGCCACCGAUGGUCACGGCAGUCCCAGCAGCGACGGUUGCGCCGAGCGCGCCAGCUGUGCCACCCAUCAAACCAAAGGAGUUUCUGGUGCCAGCGAGGCACACGCCUGCUCCAGUGGAAAUUCCGGAGCCGCCACCGGCUCCUGCCAGUCCUAAGACUCCCAAGACAGUGCAGCCUCCAAUCCACAAGGUUGCCAGCGACUUGGCUGACAUGGACGAGACCAAGUAUGAUGUCAAAACCUUGGAGCGAUUGAAGAGCCUCGUCCUCGAGAAGCAGAAGUCUGUGGAAGCAGAGGACUAUGGAGGCGCAAAGCGCUGUAAAGAAGCGAUCGUGAUGUUGAAGAAAACCGGCUUGCGCAUUUGCGAGCUGGAGGAACAAAAGAAGUCCGCGGUUGAGAACGAGGAGUACGACGUAGCAAAGUCCUUGAAGUCCGAGAUUGACAGGUUGCGGCACCAAUGUGAGGGGGUGGAAGAGAAAGAGACGAAAGUCGAGCCACCUCCCUUGCCGCAAGAAGAGGUCCAAAAGCCAUCACAGCCGUCGCCUCCAAAGCGGACCCCUCCCAAUCGGUCAGGGAGCCUGAGAUCGGAUGUGGGCAUGGGACCAUCGAAGGAAGAUGAUCCAGAACAGUCAGACUACCAGUGA